AGUGUUUUUCUCGCUGUAAAGUGUCGUUGUUGUAUCUCUGUUUCAUAUUCUUUGGAUACUCUCUGACUGAGGAAGUUAAACAUAAAUUUACUGAUUUCCAAACAUUAGCAUUAAACAGGAUGUAUGUUGAUAAAAGUCUUUUGAUCAACCGACUUUUGGAAAGAGAUGAAAAAGUGUUUCAGAUCAUACGACCAAGGAGGUGGGGAAAAACUGUGAAUUUGGAAAUGCUUAAGACAUUUUUUGAAAUUGAAUCAGAUGAAAACGCAAAACCCUUGCCUGAAGAAAAGAGGAAGAAUACAAUAUUUUUUAAUGGUGGUGAGUUGAAAAUCUCAAAUGAUGUCAAAGUCCUUGAACCCUUGAAGAUAUCUAAAAUUGAAACCGCAAUGGAGAAAAUGGGAAAACAUCCUGUAAUUUACCUGAACUUGAGCCAAGUGAAAGGAAAAAGUGUUAGUGAAAUAGGAAAAAAGCUAAAUAAAGUUAUUGUAAAUUUAUACAGAAGUUAUCCAUUUCUAGCGAAAUACUUGGAUAAUGAAACCACAAUUUUGGAUGAAGAUGAAAUACCAAGGUUGGACAAUUUUCUAUCGGGUAGUCUUGACAAAGAGUAUAUGUUCGAUAGUUUGGAGUUCCUUAGUAUGUUGUUGUUUGAACAUUUUGAAUCUUACGUUUGUUUGUUAGUUGACGACUACGAUCUUCCACUCAUCAACGCUUUUAGUAGCCUUGGACAAGGAUCAGAAUUCAAUUUUGUAUUGGAGAUGUUUAAAAGGUUGUACGAUUAUACAUUUAAAGAAAACCAAUAUUUACUAAAAGCUGUCAUAACCGGGAGUUUGAAUUUUGAUGUGGUUCCGAGCGGUGUUGGCGAAUUUGAUUAUCAAUAUGUCUUGUACGACACUGUUUUUGACGAACCUUUUACUGAUUAUUUUGGCUUCACAGAAACAGAAGUGGGUAAGUUGGUGCAAAAUGUACAUCAAAUGGACAGGUUGAAAGAGUGGUAUGGUGGAUUUUUUGUGAAUAAAACAGAAAUGUACAAUCCAGGGUCUAUUGUUGGGUUUUUAACUAAACAAGAAUUUGAUUACUAUCUACUACAAAGUAACUCAGACUUAGUUAAAUUUGCAUACAAGGGAUUCUUAUCCCCGCAGUACAAAGACUUUUUAUUACUUUCAGGUGAAAGUAAAGAAGUAGUUAUUGAGAAAUAUGCAAAAACAAUCGUGUCAGAAAAUGUUGGAAAAGAUUUUUACAGCAUUUUCAUAAACCUCGGCUAUUUGAAUUUGAUUACCCCAAAACGUUAUGCUAAGGAGGAAAUUUGGCGAAUACAAAUCCCGAAUGUAGAAACAAAAGGAAUUUUCGCAGCUGGGUUCAAGCACUGGAUAGCGACAGAACUCAAUGUAACUGAAACCGAGAGCCAAACACUUAUCGACUUUUUAAAAGAUCACGAUGUUGAAAAGUUUGCAAACAAGUUAGAAAUUUAUCUGGAACAUUCUAAGGUAUACGAUUUAAAAACUGAGGAAGGUAGAUACCAUAAUUUGAUGUCAGCUUUGAUCGCUUCCUUGGGAAUUGGAAAUGAAGUGAGUACGAUAAGGGAAGUGGGCUCUUACAGAGGCGAAAGUGUUGUAAUUCCUAUUGAAGGUUUUGGAAACACCAUGAUACACUUUGAGUAUAACAUCUGCAAGGUUUUACAAAAAGUUGGCGAGAUUGUGGAGGAAAGUUUACGCAGCUUGAUGCUUCGUCCAGACUCUUGCAAGCAAAAACAUCUGCGAGAUCAUGUUGAGAAGGUUUUAUAUGUUGCUGUGGGGUUUUUGGGGCACAAAGUGUCUGUCAAGGGAAAAUUUGUAGAUGUUAAAAAGUGAUAUGAUUGUUAUUUUAAGGUUACUAUACAUAAUUACAGUUAUUAACAUGGCUAGUUGGUCAUUUUUGAGGACA